CAAUGUAACAUUGGCUAAAUCUAUUGGCUCUCCUUCUCGUAACGUGUCAUAAACAGUAAAAUACGGAUGGUGACAACGGUUCUGGAUAUAAACCUUUCACACAGACUUAUAAUGAUAAAAUCUUGAAAGCGAUUUGAAAAGUUGAAGAGAAAUGGAGAAUAUUCAAAACCUUCCAAUUGACAUACAGACCAGCAAGCUUUUGGACUGGCUGCUGGAUCGACGUCACUGCAACAUGAAAUGGCAGAGUGCAGUAAAAGUUAUCAGGGAGAAGAUCAACGCUGCCAUCCAGGACAUGCCAGAGAACGAGGAGAUCAAGCAGCUUCUCUCUGGCUCAUACAUUCACUACUUUCACUGCCUGCGGAUAGUGGAGAUACUGAAGGGGACUGAGGCUUCCUCCAAGAACAUCUUUGGCAGAUAUUCAUCUCAGAGGAUGAAGGACUGGCAAGAGAUUGUGUCCCUUUAUGAGGCAGAUAAUGUCUAUUUGGCGGAGGUGGCCAGCCUGCUGUGUCGCAACGUGAGCUAUGAAGGUCCAGCUCUGAGGAAGCAGCUGGCCAAAGCCCAGCAGCUGCAGCAGGAGCUGAGCAGGCGUGAGGUGGAGUGCCAGAGCUCAGCCGCUGACAUGAGGGAACGCUACCAUGCUGCCUGCAAACAGUACGGCAUCAGAGGAGAAAAUGUGGCUCAUGAGCUUCAGGCUCUGGUCAAAGACCUGCCGUCAGUUCUUGACGAAGUCGGGAAGGAUGCAGCAAAGUUGGAGGAGCAAAUCCAACUUUAUGCUGCUUUCACAAACUUUGUAUGUGGGUGGUCGGAACCAGUCGUGAACAUGCUGACAUUUGCCCAGAAAAGAGGAAACACAACAUUUUACGAGUGGAGAAUGGGGAAAGUCCCCACAGUUAUUGUGAGGCCAGUUGUGGAAGAAGCUCCUUCAGAUUCAGUCUCAGAGGAUGCGAUUGACUGGGGGGACUUUGGCAAAGAGACUCGUGAUGUUAAUUCUGGCAUCACACUUGAGGAUGGAAUCGACUGGGGCAUCAGUCUGGAGCCGAGCUCCGAAGACGCUGGUGCUGGUGGGAUUGACUGGGGUGACAGUGACGCAGCUCCCAUUGAAAUUGAAAUCGUAGAUGCGGGCACAGACUGUCCUGAGGGGGAGGCGAGGGGUGAGGAUGCUUUAUCUAUACUGGAGAAUUCUCAGUCACGCAGCCAGUUCAUCGAUGAGCUAAUGGAGCUGGAAGCGUUCCUAACACAGCGCGUGAGCGAGAUGGGAGAGGAGGGAGACGUGGUAGCUAUGAGCCAGUUCCAGCUGGCCCCUUCUAUCAUCCAGGGACAAUCCCGUGGUCACAUUCAGGAGAUGCUGUCAGAGGUGCAGGACCUUCGGGGCCGGCUCACCUCUCUUCGGAUGCAGCACCUGUUUAUGAUCCAGGCGUCACCGCGGUAUGUUGAACGUGUAUCAGAAGUGCUGAGACAGAAGAUGAAGCAGGCGGACAUUCUGGUACUGAAAGCUGCCACAAUGGCUGAGAAAAGACAGGAAGCCUUAGAGGAGCAGUCCAGACUGGAGCCUCGUGUUGACCUGCUGGCAGGAUGCACCCGGGAACUCCAGAAACUGAUUGAAGCUGACAUUUCAAAGAGAUACCACAAAAGACCUGUCAACCUGAUGGGAGUUAAUAUCUAGUGAACUUUGCAGACAGUCACUAAACUAUUUUGCCAUAAUCUGCUUGGAGAAAUAAAAGUGGUAUUUAAUUUUG